UCCUCCACAGUCCGGUCAGAGCGGGGCAGAUUGCGGUGGAGCGGAUCACGGACGGACCUCUGCGUGUUUCUGCGUGGAUUUGGCUCCGGAUGGAUCGGUAACCGACAGGAAGAACCUCUCCGCUCGGCUGUUUUUUUUUUUUUUUUUUUUUUUUUUUUUUUUGGAUGACUCGCGGUUCUUCGCCGUAAAUCGGAUAUUUGUUGGUUAAUUCAGUGGAUUUUCACCGAUAAGGAGGAUGAAAUACAAAAACCUGAUGGCCAAAGCGCUGUACGACAACGUGCCAGAGUCUCCAGAGGAGCUGGCCUUCAGGAAGGGGGACAUCCUGACCGUCAUCGAGCAGAACACCGGCGGCCUGGAAGGAUGGUGGCUCUGCUCUCUGCACGGCCGCCAGGGCAUCGCCCCCGGCAACCGCCUCAAGCUGCUGAUCGGCCCCAUGUUCGAGGCCCAGCCGUCCGCCGCCGCGCCGUCUCCCCCCCAGGGGCUCCAGCAGAAGGUGGGCUCGGGGGCCCCGGGGCCGUACGGCCAGCAGCAGGGGAUCUACCAGGUUCCUACGGGACAGGAGGUCUACCAGGUCCCACCGAGGAGCGGGCUAGCUGCUGAGAGCCCCCCCAGCAAGGUGGUGACCCCGACCAGAGUGGGCCAGACCUACUCCUACGGCGCCGCACAGCAGCACAGCCACCAGCAGCAGGACCUGUAUGACGUCCCGCCCAGCAGGUCACAGGGGGUAUACGACAUUCCUCCUGGACAGAUGUUCCCAGGACCCCCGGCUGGAGCCAGAAACCAGGGAGUCUACGACGUCCCGCCGUCCCAGACGGACCUUCGGACGCAGGGCGUUUACGACGUCCCUCCUUCUUCCCAAGGGAUCUACUCGGUGCCGCCCUGCAGGACCAACGCAGACCUCCAGGAGGGGAACUACGACUUCCCGCAGCCUCUCAGGCACAAACAGGAAGGCAUCUACGACGUCCCGCCUCCCGUCCUCUCCAAACCUUGCCACGGACCCCAGUCUCAUUACGAUUUCCCCCCCGGCGCCGAGCCGCCCCCCCAGCACCAGAACGGCAACGAGGGCAUCUACGACGUCCCGCCGCCCGCCCUCCACUCCGGAGCCGACUCUCAGCGCGACGUUUAUGACUUCCCGCGGGGGGUGCUGCCCCUGCAGCAUCGCGGCUCGCCCGCCGAGCGGGACGGAGGCAGAGGCAUUUACGACGUCCCCACGCAGGACGCUCGCGCCGCGGCAGAUGUGAAGGACGGCGUGAACCGCCUGUCCAUCUCCAGCACCGGCAGCACACGCAGCAGCAUGUCCACCUCCUCGUCCUCCACGGGCUGCGAGGGCCGCCUCUUCCUGGACGUGGACGCCGGCGUGCAGAGGUUGUACGGCCUGCAGCAGGGGGUGGAGCUCUCCGUCGGGGCGUUGCAUUCGAUGGCGUCCUCCCCCCACUGGAGGACUUUUCCCUUAAUGGAGCGCCACGCCAACGACGUGCGAACGGUGCUGGACAAAGUCCGAGCUUCUGUGGGGGACAUUAUCGCCUUCGGGAAAGGCGCCGCCGCCAACGCCACGUCCCUGUCGGACUCCAGCCUGCACAGUAAGCUCCGGCGCCAGCUGGCCCGCCUGGAGGACUCGCAGCAGAUCCUGGUUCAGACCCACCAGGCUCUGGAAAACUGCGGCUGGGCCCUGAACGCCAUGACCUCAUCCAGACAGCACCACAACAAGAGCGACAACCUGGACCGCUUCGUCAUGGUGUCCAGGACCGUCCCCGACGACGCCAAGCAGCUGGCCUCAACCAUCGGCAGCAACGCCGAGCUGCUCUUCAGACGGACGCACCACGACGGCUCCUUCUCCGCCGGCAGCACGCCGGAGGAAAACCACGUCCACCAGCUCACCUCGCCGUCGUCCGAUACAGACGGCUACGGUCCGUCCAAAGCCUUCCCGGUUCAGCCCAACCAGGACAAGGAGAACAUGAACCACAGCGAGAAGUGCGUGAAGAGCUGGAUGGAAGACUACGACUACGUCCAUCUGCAGGGAAAAGAGGACUUUGAACGUCAGCAGAAGGAGCUGCUGGAGAAGGAGAACAUUAUCAAGCAGAGUCCGGUGCAGCUGGGUCAGGAACAGAUCAAUCAGUUUAAGAAGCUGGAGCAGGAAGUGAUCCGACCCGUGGAGAACGACAUCACGCAGUGGAUCCCCCCCUCCCCCUCAGACUCCUCCGCCCGCGUGUGCGCCCGGGACCGCCAGCUGCUCGGCUUCUACUCGGCUCAGUGCGAGCAGCACUUCUCCACCCUCCUCAGCGCCGUGGACGCCUUCUUCGGCUGCGUCAGGGCCGGACAACCCCCCCGGAUCUUCGUGGCCCACAGCAAGUUCGUCAUCCUCAGCGCGCACAAGCUGGUGUUCAUCGGGGACACGCUGUCCCGCCAGGCGUCCGCCCCCGAGGUGGCCAACCGGGUGAUGAACUCCAGCAACGUGCUGUGUGACCUGCUGAAGACGGUGGUGGCGGCCACCAAAACGGCCGCCCUGAACUACCCCAACACCGCCGCCAUCCAGGAGAUGGUGGACCGGGUCACGGACCUGUCGCACCACGCGCAGCAGUUCAAAGAGCAGCUGCUGCAAAUGGCCGCUCUGUGAUUCCCCCAGAAACUGCUAAUAUAUAAUCCUGGUAAAUGUAAAUAUUCAUUGCUCCCAUCCUGCUGUAAAUACUCGGUUCUGUAAAUAUCUGCCGUUUUCUGUGUAGAUAGUUUUCUAAUGUUAGCGUAGCCGCAGUCGCUGCGUCUCUGCGGGAAGUUUUCCAGAACAUUCCUAAUGAAGCACCUUACGAGCUGCUUUUCCAUCUUCCUCCGUACGGAUCGCUGCGUUUUUCUGUAAAUCAUGUCAGUCUGUGGAACACGCCACAAAGUAAACGCCUCUUCUCAACAAACAGCUGUUUGGUCUUUUCUUCUUCUGCCGGGUCUCCGGUCUGCUGUGGUCCAUCCCAUGAACAUCUAAGCUGUAGCUACCAGAUCUGCUCGGGGCCCCGCCCCUUAUUAUGAUGUCAUCAUACGGCAACUUCACACGGACAAACUGUAUUGCAUCCGUUUCUUAAGAAUAAAUUCUCUUGUGGAGUCUCAACA